AGAACAACUGUCUGUCUACGAGGAAGUCUUUCUGCAGCGUUUUCGAUUUCUAAGACCGUGGGAACUCGAUCACGUCUCCGGGCUCCCUUCCAUUGCACAUGCGAGUGACGCACGCUGCCGUGCCAGCGUCGUGUGGCAUCGACGGAGUUAGGAAGCCUCUCUCUGCGUUUUCUUCCUGUCGUCUUGCCCUCAGGGAGAGACAUUCUCUGUUAACAAAAGUCUUUCUGCGGCUCUAUGCCCCUCCCAUACGCAGUGGUAGAGGAGCACAGGGCAAACGAAAGACACCCAGAGGCGCUACGCUUCUGUGGCAUGUAUCCUGUCGAGGAAGAGGCACGGAAGAAGCAAAGAGAAAACAUUUCUGUACCGUUUUCCUUUCUCCUUUUUUUCCUCGAGUUUGCACAGGAGGGAAAGCUGCUCUAAGUGGGGCGACAGGUGCGCCUCUGCCUCUCGUCCUUUUUCGUUUUAUCUGGUCUUCCUUCGUCAUUGUCCUCUGCAGCUUCCAGAUCUUUUUUAUCCGAUGUGAAUCCCACCCUUCUCUGUUCGCUACCCACGAAUUCUUGGGUUUCAUGUUAAUCAAAACAGCUUCAUCGUUAUCGGUAUUCUAUUCCUUCCCUGUGUUUGUCUCCCUAUCUCUCUGCCUCUCUCCAGCUCCGUCACCCUUUCAAGAGUUGCCAUUCCCUUUGCUUACGUGUAAACAUCGUGAUAUGCGUCUCCAAGUUUCCAGCAGCUUUCUGCCGUUUUUUUGCCGUCUCUGCAAAUUCGACGGUCUCUAUCGUGCGCAUCGGCAUUCCUCACAUCGAAAACACAGCGCAGUUACAGUACGUGGAAUGCAAGUGACGCAACAGAAGUGAUCAGUGGCGGAGAGACUUCUCCACUUCUUUUACGGACGCGACUCGUCUUCAGCAAACCCUCGCACAUUUUCUGACGCUUCCUUGCCAUCUUGUGACUUUUUUCCUGGAAAGCAAAGAACGCCUUCUGUUCUCGGCCACUGCCGUUUGCUCUUCUGGGUUAUCCCGACCUUAUCCUUCUCGUGCUUCUGUCGCGCAGCCUCUCUCUCUGCCAAGAACAGGGAGUUCUUUCACUCAACCAUGAAGCUGCUUGCCUUUGACUUUCAGCUCCCUAAAGUGUGACUGCUCGUUCAAUUUGUAGAAUUCCGUUUCAAAGUUCGGACGGAGGGGGACUGCUUCGCGGGUGUCGCGAGGCCUCCAGACCCCCAGCGUCAAAGAGAGGGCCUUCGCCGUAGACAGAGGCCGGUGUGGAGGUUGGCGGUGAAUCCCGUAGUGGGUUGACGCCUGCGUUGUCUCUGACGUCGUCUCCCUUUUCCACGUCUACUGCGCAAGAUGGUCGUCUUCCAAAUCGACGAAGUCACCGUCUACUUCCCCUACGACUUCAUAUACCCCGAGCAAUAUGCGUACAUCCGCGCGCUCAAGCACACACUCGAUGCCAAGGGCCAUGCGGUCCUUGAGAUGCCGACAGGGACGGGGAAGACUGUGGCGCUGCUCUCUCUGUUGACGUCGUACCAGCUGGCGCAUCCUCGUCUCGGGAAGAUUCUGUACUGCACGCGAACGGUUCCCGAGAUGGAGAAAGCGCUGCUUGAGCUAAAGGGAGUGAUAGACUAUCGGAUUGAAGAAAUUCGAAAAGCUCGAGAAACGAAGGCCCGCCAAGAGCAAAGUCCAUGCGAAGAAAAAGAGCAGACAACAAGUGCAUCUGGAGACUCGCUUGGAAGGAAGCGGGAACUCGGCACCCCAGGAGCUGCGCCCCUCCAGCCUAUUUCGAAAACCACAGAAAGCGAGGAUCCACCGUACAUAGGCAAAGACAUGGCGCGCGACGGGUACAUCCUCGGGGUCGGUCUGUCUGCUCGGCGAAACAUGUGCAUCAACCCUGCAGUGUACAACCAGCCUGACCGGGAGAGAAUCGAUGAAGCCUGUCGACAGCUGACGGCGCCGUGGGUGCGACAGCAACACCUGACGAGCUACAAUCCACCUUCGAGUUUCUUCUCGGCUUCCUCGUCGCACGGAGAUGCCCCCACUGGAGACAUCGAAAAUCUUGGACUUCUUGCAGAGAGAGGAGCUCGCAGUUGUGGGGGGUCCUGCGGCCUUGAACGAAGGGGCAAUGGAGAGGGAGGAGAGCGAGAAGACGGAGAAGAAGGCAAAGAAGAGCGAGAGCGACGGAGGAGAAGGGAAGCACUUGAGUCAAACGAAGAAGCGGAACCUGGGCACUACUCUCCUUCUCUCUGUGCGUGGUACGAGAACCUCGAUCGAUACUUUGCUCCACAGUUCUUUCCUGCCGGUGUGUACACCAUUGAGGAGUUGAAAAUUGCUGCUGGAAACUGGAGGCAUCCUCUUCUGCAUCGCAACUUGCCCUUCUGUCCGUACUUCCUCGCGCGUCGUCUCCUCCACAUUGCAAAUGUCGUCGUCCUGAACUACCAGUACAUUCUGGAUCCGAAGGUGUCACAGGCUGCUCUGUUGACUCCACUGCCCGACGGUAUGUCUUCGUCGCACACUACGGGAGGGCAGACUCGGUCGACCUACUCGAAUCCGUACCAGCGUCGCGGCUUCGGUGGCGUUUCAACUCCAGAAGAAGUCCAGUACGAAGGGUCCGUCGUGGUUUUUGACGAAGCGCACAAUAUCGACAACGUCUGCAUCGAGGCUCUUAGCGUGAACAUCAAUCGAUCUGUCAUGGAGGCGGCGCUGCGGAAUCUGAGUCAACUUGCUGAAAAAAUCGAAGAAGUGAAGAAAGAAGAUGCAGAACGCCUUCGCGAAGAAUACGAAAACCUCGUCCGCGGCAUCAAACGCCGAAGGGCAACCGAAGAAGAGAGCGCGUCGUCUUCCUCUGCGCCUUCCUCUCCUCCCUCCGCGGCGUCUGCGGCGACUUCUUCCUCUUCUGCGUCUGAGGUUGAAAGGGGAAAGGAAGGACAAGAAACGGAACGGACCGACGGAGAAGAGGCGGGGGGAGGCUCGGCCUGUGUGCGCCCAGAAGACGAAGGCGAGAGAAUUCGAGAGAAACGAAAAGAGUCGCGCGACCCAGGGCGAAUCGUCGUGGCAAACGAAACCCUCGAUUUGCUCGCCAGCCCCCUCCUUCCUGAUGACGCCCUCUUGGAGCAGGCCGUUCCUGGAAGCAUUCGAAAGGCAGAGCACUUUGUCGCUCUAAUGCGGCGCAUCGUCUCCUACCUGAAGUCUUACAUCAAGAUCUACGAGUUGAAGAGCGAAGGACCGCUGUCCUUCCUGCACAUGUUUGAAAAGGAGACACACAUCGACGCGAGUUUGUUGAAGUUCUUCUACGACCGCCUGAAGAGUCUCUUCAAUACUCUCCAGAUCACGGAAGUCGAGUCUUACGCCCCUUUGACGCUUGUCGCCGAUUUCUGCACGCUCGUAGCCACCUACUGUGAAGGUUUCAUUCUGAUUUGCGACCCGUACCCAGAAGCAGUUGGUCUCUACGACCCUCUCCUCCAACUCUCCUGCUUAGACGCGUCUCUCGCAAUGCAGCCUGUCCUAAAACGCUUCCAGUCCCUCAUCUUGACGUCAGGCACUAUCUCUCCCCUCGAACUGUACCCGAAGCUGCUCAACUUUGUGCCUGUCAUCACGGAGUCCUUUCCGAUGUCUCUCGACCGGAACUGCAUUUGUCCAUUGAUUGUUGCGCGCGGCUCGGAUCAGAUUCCUCUGACGUCUAAGUUCGAAUAUCGCCAUGACAUGAACGUUCUAAGGAACUACAGCAAUCUUUUGAUAGAUCUCUGCAAGCACGUUCCCGACGGCCUCGUUUGUUUCUUCACCUCGUACUCGUACAUGGAGUCUGUGCUCUCCAGCUGGUAUCACAGCGGAGUUCUGGCGCAGGUCCUUGAUUACAAGCUGAUUUUCAUUGAGACCAAAGACGUGGUAGCAACGACACUCGCGCUUCAUAACUUCCGGCGCGCGUGCGAGUGCGGCCGAGGUGCCGUUUUCUUCUCAAUCGCCAGAGGCAAAGUGGCUGAGGGCAUUGACUUCGAUCGACACUUCGGGCGAUGUGUGGUGCUCUUCGGCGUCCCCUUUCAGUACACACUGUCUCGGGUUCUCAAAGCACGGCUCGACUUCAUAAGAGAGCAUUACCAAAUUCCCGACAAUGAGUUCCUCACGUUCGACGCUAUGCGACAGGCUGCUCAAUGUGUCGGACGUGUCAUUCGAAGCAAAAAUGAUUACGGGCUGAUGAUAUUUGCGGACGCACGGUACAGUCGCAUCGACAAACGAAGUAAACUGCCUCCCUGGAUUCUCAAGCACCUCGACAACGCCCAUCUUGCCUUGAAUACGGAAACCGCGAUAAGCGUGGCGCGGACCUUUCUACGCCAUAUGUCCCAGCCGCCUCCUCCGCCGUCGGCUUCCAGGCUUGACGCCCGCCAGUUACAGCAGCCACAGCAGCAACAGUGCUGGGAACUCGUCAGGCGGACGUUACAUCUCAGCGCGAAUUCUUGUGUCCCUGCACAACCCAAGGAAGUUGGAGAGGGUGUUCCUUCUGGAGUGAAGACGGCGGAUGAAAAACAGAAGCCGCCGACCGGCGACGGGCAGUAGGAUGUGGGGGGUUGAGUUAAUGUCUGUCAAGGCGGACCGGUCUCGCGAAAAGUGUUAAAUGUUUGUCGAUUAAACCAAACGUAUAUCCUCAUGGCGUGCGCGUCCAUUCAGCAAGCCAUUCAACGCUGUGGUGAUAUUCAUCUUAAUCUUAUCGUUCAGCCCGUCGUCUUCAUAAGGUAUCGCAAAGAUCAUCUGAAUUUCCCGUGUGCAGUGGUUAACACACUAACUGCGUCCACAACUGUUCCGGCC